UGUAAAUAAAUAUAUACCACUUCUAAGUCUAUUCCCAUUUGCUAUGCACUUGACAGGCCCUUGUAACUCAAGCUGUUGGAGGAACUUGAAAAGAAAACUGUCUUCAGCCAGUUGAUCUUGUAGUAUAUCAAAGAUGCAGUUCGGCUUAAGUAACUCGCUUACAGUUACGCUCGCUCUCCUCCUAUCCCCAGCCCUAGCAAUGAGGAACUCCAAGAUCCCACCUCGUCCCAAUGUCGUACCGGGCCCCUACGUCGCCAGUAGAGCCAUGCCCCUCUCGCCUCCGCGCGACCCAGGGCGACACUGCUACGUAAAGCAAGGCCGCGCCACGAGCCGCGACGACGCGCCGCACAUAGUCGAAGCGCUGCGCGCGUGCAACGGCGGCGGCACCGUCGUGUUCGACAAGUCGUACGUGAUCGGCUCGCCGCUGGAUCUCACCUUCCUCAAGCACGUCGACAUCGUGGUGACGGGGUCCAUCGCCUUCGACGACGCCGACGUGUACUACUGGCAGGACCGCAGCUUCAAGUACGCGUUCCAGAAUCAGAGCGUGUUCUGGAAGCUCGGCGGCAAGGACGUGAAUAUCUACGGCGAUUUGAGCCUCGGCGAGGGGAGCAGCGUUAUUGAUGGGAGGGGCCAGGCGUAUUGGGAGGAGCUGCAGACGAACAAUGCUCUGUAUAGGCCGACGCUCUUUGCUUUUGACGGCAUGAAAGGGGCUACCAUGUCGAAUCUUCGGAUGCGCAAUCCGCCCAACUGGUUUAACAUCAUCGCAAAUAGUUCCGACAUUAUCAUUAGCAAUAUGGACCUUCGUGCAGAGUCACUCAACGACGUGAAAAUAGCCAAUUCGGACGGCUGGGAUACCUACCGUUCAGACAACGUAGUAAUCCAGGACUCAUUUAUUCGCAACACGGACGACUGCGUAUCCUUCAAGCCCAACAGCACCAACGUCGUGGUCCAGAACCUCGAGUGCGUCGGCUCGCACGGGAUCAGCAUCGGGUCGAUCGGGCAGUACGUGGGGCAGACGGACGUGGUCGAGAACCUGCACGUGUACAACGUCUCGAUGGCGAACGCCAGCGACUUCGCGCGCAUCAAGGUCUGGCCCGGCGCCCAGACCAACUUCCAGACGCACCUCGUCGGCGGCGGCGGCUCCGGCUACGUCCGGAACGUCACGUACGACCUGCUUCGCAGCGUGAAUAACGACAGGGCUAUCACGAUCACGCAGUGCUACGGGCAGAGCAACAAGACGUUGUGUAAUGAAUUCCCGGCCAACCUAACGAUCGAAGACGUUACUAUAAAAAACGUGUACGGAACAACCUCUGCGAAGUUAGACCCGCAGGCGGGCUCGCUCGUAUGCAGCGCGCCGGACCGAUGCAGCAAUAUCGAAGUCGAAAACAUCACAGUCACCGUUCCGAGCGGGAAACCUCCUGUCUACGAGUGCAGGAAUAUGGACAACGACUUGUUACAGCUGACUUGCGUCGCAGAGUCGGAGGAGGACCGAGAUACCUCGCAAGGCUAGGGCCUCUUGUUAUUGAAGCAAACCGCUGUAUUGUUUGGGGGGAGUGGAUAGGUGUAAAUACUUGUCGAUAUUGAAGAUUGAACUUGAAUAAAUUGCAAUAGUACCCAGGUAGAUAUAUAUUAUACCCCUUACUGUUGAUGGUUGA